UUUAAAUUCAAAUAUUUAAAAUCUUGCGGAAGACAUGGACUCCUAUGUGCCCUUACAUAAGCCUAAGAGUAAAAUUAGUGAGAUAUCAGGGAAGUUUAAGCCUUUCAGAUUUAUUGAUGAUCCUCAAGAGUAUUUCCAGCAUAAAGAGAAUUACCAUCAGAAUAACUCAGCAUUAGAACAAAGUGAAAGGUCUGACUGCUCCAAGGAUCUCUACACAGAACUUCUAGGGCUCCGUCAGGUUCUAAAAGAAACAAAAUAUGCUAACAGUCAGCUUAGUGACCAAAACGACUCACUUGGGAAGGAAUGUGAAGAACUUAAGAGGAUAAUGCAUAAACAAAAUGCUUUGAUAGACACAAUGAGGACAAAAUACAGCACUUUCUGUAAAUAAGUUGACUAAGCAGAAUAAUCAGUACAAAUUCCAACUGCAGAACAACCAAGAUUGAUAUGCUGAACUAUCUCAGCAGUUCAGAAAGAUCCAGGCUGAAAAUGACCAAAUGAAGGUAGACAACAAAGCUGUCAAUGAGGAGGCUAGGAAGACCCAAGCAUUAGCAAAAGAGGUUGAAGCUUAUAAAAAGACAAUCCAAGGGCUGUACAAGGAUAAGAAGGACCUCAAAAAUGAAGUUAAAGGUUAUAAAAAGAGAAUUAAGAAAUAUAAGCAUAAAUAUAGAGCUUUACAUAAAGCUCUGAACAAUCAGAAGGCACUUAAAGCUCCAUAUAGUUUGGCAUUAAGUACUGGGUCUAUUGAGCGAGCAGGGAGUUUAGACCAUCAAACUAAUUUCUAUCAGACUCUGAGGAAGAGAUCACAGUACCCUAAUAAAAUAAACCACGAUAGUAGGCAACUGGACUCACAUGGGUUGUCCAAUGUGUCAAUGAAUAAGAGUUGUACCUCUCGCAAGCCAUUUCAAAAACUUCCUUCGAAUGAGAACAGUUAUUCAAGAAAUAGAUAUUCUAAAGAUUCUCUUUAUGAGAGAUCGAUUGAAGACUCCAGAUCAAUACACUAUAAACAGCCAGACUUGGGUGUAGAGACUGGCAAUAAUCUCAAGCCGUUUAUACCAAAUUCUAUAAGCACACCCCAAGCAUUCUGAGAGCGCUCAGGACUGGUCGCAUAUAGCACUUCAAGACCAGGUAAUUACACUUGUGAGAACGAAACAGGAAAAUCUAAGAUCUUGUUCGACAAUACUCUGAAAGAUAAUAAGUUUCCUGCUGAAAAUUCUAAGUUUAUUAAUAAGCCUAAUGUCAGUCUUUCAGACACAGAUUAUCUGGACAAACAGUUUAUAAAAGACAAUAGUAGAAUACAGACAAUUCGGAUUCAGGGCAUUAAGCCUGUUAAUUGUGGUGCAAAGAAGAAGGCAUCAGAUAGAGAACUUAGCAUCGAAAGUAUUAGUGAGCUUUCUAUAAAAGAAGAAUCAUCAAAGACACCAAGAACUCAAGAUAGAAUCUCUAAUAUUUCAAAGAAGCAUCACAGAAGCAGAGAGUUUAAACGCUAUCAUCUAAAUAGCGCUCCUUUGAAUGUGGAUACAUCUUCUGAUGAAGACCAUUCGCCAACUCCUAAGCACUUGUUGCACCAGAUCAGUACUCUGGACAGUGAGAUUCUGACUCUGCAGAAAUCCUUGAUGCAAACUCUAUUCCAAACCACUUAAAUAGCAUCUUGAGAGCUCUACUGUGAAACUAAUUU